AUGGACGAAGAAUAUACGAGAACCAGAGAUGUGGAGGACAUGGACUUCGUCAAAGCCAGGACCAACAGAGUGUCCACCCUCAGCAAAGGGUCGAGAACGAGGAAGAAGACCGAACACGGUCGCAUGUGGAUGGUCUGUGAGGGGUUCCAGUUCAUCCUGUGGAAACAAGCCAACGCUCUGCUCACACUGGGAGUCAGUCCACAGUUUAAGGAUGACGUGCUGUGUCCGCUGUGGAGACUCUUCCUGCAGAAGAGUCGACUGGCCUACACCUCCAACCCAAUGAGGAGCUCCAAGUUCAAAGUGGGAGAUGUGAACACAGAUUCGGACAGUGUGGCCGAGUCCAGUGCGACGGACGGAGAGUCGAACCCGCCGAGCACCGCCGGCUCUAAUGCAGAGAGCGCCAGUGACUGGUCGGGCUCGGUGGAUGCCUCCAACUACGUGUCGACUCGGUUGAAGCGGAAAAAGGGUCCGAUAAGCAUGACCAAAACUCUGGCUCUGCUCCACCUGGCUCUGGUCUGGAGCCGUGAGGCGCUGACGCUCAGUGACCUGCUCAGGCUGGUGAAGGAAGGUCAUGUCCCGUAUGUGAACGCCCACGAACAACUGCCUGAAGAGAUGAAGCUCUUCGGAAGAGAUGCUUUGAUCUUUAGAGUCGAGAGUGUCCCAUCUCACCGGGUUGUGCAUAACGAGGCCCAGGCUCUGGUUCUGUUCCUGCAACUUCCUGCUUUUCCUCCAAUCAGCUGUGAGACUCUGCUGCACCCAGAGCUGCUCAGCCUGCGAUAUCUGACCGACACCAACUUGCCCGAUGAGCUCCACCUCUGGGUCUGCAGACUGAUGGAACAAGCCGGUUUGGCAGAUCACAAACUCCACACGUUUGACCCUGACUCCUGUCCUGAGCUGCCACGGUACGAUGUCCAGACCGCCGCCCUCAUCGUCAUCACCAUGAAGCUCAUCUUCGGCCUGGACGACCACACUGAGUGGUAUUUAUCCAAUCAAGUCGGUACCCAGGACAACUCAGGUGAGAUGUUUAACCUGAGGAGGUGGUACCGAAUAAUGCAGGCUGCUUUGAUGCAAGCUCAGCAGAGGAGAACGCAGGACAUCGCCAGGAAACAGUGGAAGCCAAAGAAACCUAUUUACCCGAAGAAUAAAGGGACUAAAUGCAUAGUGAUAAAAAAGAAAAGAAUUGCGGAGCAGGUGCGCAUGUGUUUUGAGAAGCUGUCCUCCUGUCCGGCUGGUGUCCAGGAAGUUGGUCCGUCCAGCUUCAGGUUCUGCUGGGGGGACGAGGACGGAUCCGACGGUCCCAGUCUGCAUCACAUGAAGCUGGGUGGAGCCGUGACCCUGAAAGACAACUUCCUGACUCCCUCCAACUCCACGUACUGGCACCCAGGGCUCAGGAAAUGCGACCGCCGGCUUUGCCCCGGCACUCACUACUCUGAGAUGGAGCCGACGCUGCCGCGGUCCUUCGUCUGGCUGCUGCAGCUCUUCUCCUUCCUGCUCGACGUCAGGCCGUUCUACCUGUACGAGGAGGUGCUGAGGGUGGAGAGACUAGUCCUCGGUACCAAAACGCCCUGCAACGAAUUCCAGAUCAAGAAGAAAACCAGGACCAGGGCCCAGACCAGAGCAUCAUCCAAGACUUUACAAAGAACUUGUGAAACUGGAGGAGAAAGCAGAAAAACUGUCAGUGACUCAAACUAAAACAAGCUGCAGGACAUCGGCUCUCUGUUCUCCUGCUGCUGCCUUUGUUUGUUCGUUUUGCAGCAGCAACAUUUUCUCCAACUUUAUGCCAGAAAUAUUUUUUAAUAAAUGCUUCAGUUCUCCCAGUGUGUGUUUGGCAUCAGGGAUACAUCGAUUUUAUGAAACAGGAAGUCACCUGUAAAAACAGAAUAGUUUUCUAUCACUUAAUUAAAAAGAAUAAACCUCAGCAAAAUGGGA